CUCAGCAUGGACAGCAGGGUGAGGUGAGUGGUAAUGAACGGCAUCAAACAGAGUGAGGCAGAGAAAAAGGCCAGGCCUCGUCUCGGGGAGAUUUUUUUGCUCCUGUAGCACACAGAGCGUGAUGUCAGCGGUGGCAGCGCUGUUGUAAUGGACUUGGUGGGGGUGAUGGCGUCAUUUUCUGCCUUAGCGUAGCCUCCUGCUCUCGAUAGCGAAGGGGGAGACGGAUCUUAGGCCGACGCGACCGUGGCUCCGUUAGCCGGGAGCGAGUACCGCGGAGCCGGACAGAGCACCCCGGGAAACAUGGAGGCUGCGGACGAGGAGCUGCGGGCCGGCUCUCGGGUACCUGUCACUAUCGAUCAUGUUGUUAACGACACGCUGGUGGUGACGCUGACCUACCGAGAAAGAAGCUAUACGGGGAUAUUACUCGAUUCCAACAAAAAGACUGGACUCUUCUGUCUGCCAGAUUUCACAUCUAAACUUGGUGACUGCCCCAUCACGAAGCCAGACUGUGAAAUUUCAGAAAUCUUCAAUGAGGAGCCGGUUGCUAAAUCUCCGAGCCAAGUCUCACACAGACCAAAGGAUGAAAACUCGGUCCCUGAAAGCAGCGAACCGACAGCACCUCCACCUCCACCCUGCCCUGUCCCCACACCCGUGCCAGCUGGACAGACUCCUUUCCCUCCUUAUUUUGAAGGAGCGCCGUUCCCUCCGCCUUUAUGGGUGCGCCACACCUACAGCCAGUGGGUACCUCAACCCCCUCCGCGACCAAUCAAGAGGAAGAAGAGGCGGUCACGAGAGCCAGGGCGAAUGACCAUCAGCACCAUUCGACUGCGGCCGCGACAGGUUCUGUGUGAAAAGUGUAAAAACACGCUUAAUAGCGACGAGGACAGCAAAGAUGGCAUUAGCAACACUAAGACUUCUAGAAAAGAGAAUACUCUGCAGAGUGACGAUGACGGGGAUUAUAAGGACAACCCAGCAAAGCUGUCGAGAAAAGAGGACGUCAUCACAACGAAGGACACCAAAAGACGAGAAAACGCCCCUGUCCUCGAUGGCAAGCGCUUCCGAAAGGACAAAAGGGGCGAGGCUGACGUUGAGAAAUACACAGCAAGUGAUGUUAUCCCUCACAGCCCCGUCAUAAAGAUUUCCUACAGCACUCCACAAGGGAAGGGGGAGGUCAUGAAGAUCCCAUCCCGGGUACAUGGCUCAAUCAAACCCUUCUGCCCGAAACAGCUGGUGCAAAACGGCGUGGGAGGAAACGUCAAGAGGUCCACGGACGCCACCAAGGACCAGCGGCACAUUUUGGACGCCACUAGGUCCGGCCUCACUGUCUCUAUUCCAAAACUCAAACUAACCCGGCCUUUCGCAACGGUGAACCAAGGCUCGUCCUGUCCAAAGAUCCGGUUGAGACCGCCGCAGAGUCAGGGAGAGGAGACCAUGAUGGAGUACGACACGGAACUGGUUGGGGGCAGCAGGAGACGGAGCCCCAGGGGGCCUGGUUCCUGCAUCCCCCACUCUGAAGACUCUGGGGAGGGCAAGAACUCGUUGGAGUUGUGGUCAGGGAGUUCUGGGGAGGAGGCAGACCGCAGCCACAGCGACCUGACCCUCCUGAUCAACUUCCGGAAGCGUAAAGCGGACUCAUCCAGCCUGUCCGUGUGCAGCAGCGACAGCUUGGACGAGUCCAAGUCCUUCAGCUCCGAAGGGACGUCGCCAGAGCUGUGCGACCUAGCACCGGGCGAAGACCUGUCCGUCACCUCGUCUUCCGUGACGCCGCGCGAGGAUUGCAAGACGGUGCCGCCGCUCACAGUGCGCCUCCACACCCGCAGCAUGACAAAGUGUGUAACGGAGGAGGGCCACGCCGUGGCGGUGGGCGACAUCGUGUGGGGGAAGAUCCACGGCUUCCCCUGGUGGCCGGCCCGCGUGCUCAGCAUCAGCGGCACCCGGAAGCAGGAGUCCGACAGAUGCGAGGCCCAGUGGCCCCAGGCGAAGGUGGCAUGGUUCGGCUCGCCCACCACCUCCCAGCUGUCCGUAGCCAAGUUGUCGCCCUUCAGAGAGCUCUUCAGGUCCCGCUUCAACCGCAAGAAGAAAGGGAUGUACCGGAGAGCCAUCUUGGAGGCAGCCAAGGCCGUGGGUCACAUGGGACCAGAGAUUUCGUCACUGCUUUCCCACUGCGACACGUAGAGGCUGAGGACCAAACAGACGUCUCCGAGGUUUUUCUGGAUUCUCAGACUCGGUCAUCAAGGUCCGGGAGUGGGAGUACGUGCCGUUGCCAUGGCUACUAUUUAUAUAUCUGGUUUUUUUUGUGUUUUUUUUCACAAGGCUGGCAGAAGAUGGAUUAUUAUUAUUAUAAUUAUAAUUAUUAUUGUUAUUGAGACUGGAUAAGGGAGCAAAAAAUGAAAAAAAAAAAAUAACAAAAGACCAGGAAUCUCAUGGGUCUUCUAUGAACUCUGAACUUUUUGUUAUUUUCUAGGUUUUAUCAUAUUUCUAUAGAGCUGGAUAACAAACACUACAUGGACCCAAAUGUAUUUAUUCUCCUUCAGUCCUCCUUCUGUGAUAGUUUUUUGGAAAACCCUUCUAGUUUGCUGCUGUUUUUCCACGUCUGAAAGUCUUACUCUUCACUUUUGAAAAUGUGAACGCUCCAUCCAGAGACGGCAACGUUCAGAGGUUGCGUUUGGACCGAACUCCAGAGUCACGUCGCGUCUGUUCCUCCCGCAUCCCCGUUUCAUUUCUUAAAUACUCAGAUAUCCUGAAAACCAUCUACACAUUUAAUUAUUUAAGGUGACACAUUUUAAAGAAAAAAAAAGCACUUUAUCUGUACCUUGGUGGCCUGCUGUGAGCUCACUGUCUGAAACGCUAUUGAGAGACAAAACCUCGAUAGUCAGCAGCAGAGCGCAGAAGUCUUUGUGGUUGACUAUCUAUGGCCUUGGAGAUACAAAACUAAAAUCCUAUUUUUUAUUUUUUUUGUUUCUUAUUUUAUUUUAAAAGUUAAAUCCCUGAGAAAACUAGACACAAUGUUUUUUUGUUUUUUGUUUUUCUUAAUCCUCACUACAAAAACAGAACAUUUGUCAACAACGCCCCCCAUAUGUAUCAUCAGUUAAAUCUUUGAGUUACUUUCUUUCAGAGGAAAAAAUACAAAUAAGUACCAUGCUGUAAGAAUACUGUGAAUUCAGCUGCUGACUGGGACUGAAGGACAAAAAAACAAAAACGCUGGCUUGCAACUAGUCGCAGUAUUUUGGGCGAAAUGGCGGCUGCAGCACUGACUCUGAGUGACUUUUAGCGUUGUAAAUCCAGUGCAGUGAAGCGGUCAGUAUUUAAAA